AUGCUGCCAGCUUUUGCACAGACAGCUUUUGAUACUAAUCCAUUCGCCUAUUCUCCCUACGGCUAUAACCCAUCGUUAACCUCCUAUGGCACACCAGUUUCCUCGAUGCCUCAUUCCUACUACCAGGAUUCAUAUGCGAAAUCGGAAUCCGAUUCAACUCCGGAGGAAAAGAAAAAGGAUCCAUUGUCCGUAAUCAUUUACGAGCAACCUGCGGUCAUCCCGAUAACGGUAUGUUUAAGUGAGAAAGGGAGAGCCGUGUUGUUGAAAAUACAGUAUUGUGUGGAAAAUAAUGAGAGAAAUGAAUGUGAUGGUGUGCAGAGGGCGCACGAGGACCAUGACCUCAUCUUAUCUCUUUUCAGAUACCUCGAGAAACGUCAUAAAAAUAAUCUUGCGGCACAGAAGUCCAGAAAAAUCAGAAGGCAAAGAGAGGAGUCGAUCACAAAGACGGCCGAAAUUCUACGAGCAGAAAAUGAGAGCUUAAAGAAUGAGAUCGUUCAACUGAGAGAGAUGAUCGCCGAUCUUCGAAAACAGUUGAACUCGUCCUGUGCAGCGGCUACAGUACCCGUUGAACCGAUGCGUGAAAGCGGUAACAUCGUCCGGGACCCCAGCUACAAUCCUUAUCAACCGUUCCAGAUCAGCUUCAGCAUUAACAGCCAAUUAUAG